AUGGCUGAUUAUGAUCUCAUACCUUGCUAUGACGACGACGAACUGUUUCAAGAGAGAAACGAUAAUGUCACAGACCUACACGCAUAUUAUAUGACUCAGUUUAAUUUAGAACUAGAAAAUGGCAAGGCUAAGCAAAAGAAUGAUAGUUUUAAAUACGGUAUCGAAGAAAGCUUCGAUUUCGAAGUACUAGAUAAUUGGAAUAAUACAGAGAAUAAUACAACUGGAUUCGAGAUAAUUGACGAAGCUAUAGAUACUAACAUAAACGAUCAAAACAUUAAAGAGGUUUUAUUAGAUUUGGAUAGCAUAGAGUUUGAUGACAACAGCUUCAAGUCUGAUUCAGGCGAUGAUAGUAAAAAAAAUAAUACCAAUUAUGAAGCGAAUAACGAAUAUAUUGACGAUGAAUCAUUGAUUGAUGAAUUGUGUAGAGAGGACGGUGAGUCGAGUCGGCUAUCGCCAGAUGCAUUUAACGAUGAUUAUUUAAAGAUAACCAAUGAAAAUUUAUUACCAUCGAUAGAAACUGCAUUUGCGAAACGUUACUGUUAUAAUAAUUCAGAAAAUGGUGAUGAAUAUAGCUUACAACAAAAUGUACAUAAUGCGAACUCGACACAAACUAUAACUAAUAAUCAAGUCAUAAGCAGCUUAGACCAUUACAGUUAUCCAAAUAACAUACUGUAUAAUUUGGGUACUGAAAAUAAAUACAUUUUACCAGAUACACCAACAAGUUGUACGGAAUUUAAUUUCGAUAGAAAUAUAAGAAAAAAUUCUAUAUGCGAUUCGAUAGAGAGUGACGUACAAAGCGCUGGGUAUUACGAUGAAAACUCGGAAAAUUUUGAUGAGGAUGACCUUUUUAUAAAUCUUGAUGAUUUUGGUCUAACAUUUGAACAAGAUAAUGAAGGUUUUGAUUCAGGAAAUAAUUCGGUCAGUCAAAAUGAUAAAAGAUCGGAUAAAGAAAAAGUACAAGGUGAAAGGGUAUGUUUAUGGGAGCACUGUUUCGAAAGAUAUCCGAAUCAAAACACGCUAGUGGAGCACAUUGAGAGGUCCCACGUUAACACUUACAAAGGUGACGAGUUCAGCUGUCUGUGGCGCGACUGCGCGCGAGCACGCCGCCCUUUCAACGCGCGUUACAAGCUCCUAAUACACAUGCGCGUGCACUCCGGACAUAAGCCGAAUAGAUGCCACCAUCCAGGAUGCGGCAAAGCCUUCUCUCGUCUAGAGAACCUCAAGAUCCACGUUCGCUCUCACACUGGCGAGCGACCCUAUGCGUGUCCAGCACCACACUGCAGGAAAGCCUUCUCCAAUUCGUCUGAUAGAGCAAAACAUCAAAGAACACAUUUUAAUGCUCGACCAUACGCCUGUGGUGCCGCUGGGUGUGGGAAACGGUACACAGAUCCGUCAUCUCUGAGGAAGCAUGUAAAGUCUCACCCUCACGUGACGCAAGUUCGAACCUGCGUCCCUCCCCCCAGACCGGUCCGACGGACGGAACAAUUGGUACCGAGCUCACCAGCUAAGUUGACGACAUUGAGGUGUAUAAGGGAUAAGCUAACUGUACCGAGGUUGCAGAAAUUGUAG